AUGUCCCUUUCUCCAUCAACUUCUUCUCUUCUCCGUCUUCUCAUUUCGGCUCUUUUAUUGUGUCUCUCAAUGCAAUUCGUUCUUCAAGAAUUACCCUUGGAGAGGUUCGAGCGACGGUCUCCCGAUGACCCGUUCCAACGGAUUGCCCGUCGAUUACCCUAUUCUGUAGCUAGAUGGACUAACAAAUACAUGAUGGACAAUAAACCG